AUGUCUCAAAACAGUAACCCUGCAAUUGUUCUAAGAAAAGUCGGCGAUAUUGCCAUCGAGCAAAGACCAAUUCCUACUAUUGACGACCCCCAUUAUGUCAAGUUAGCUAUUAAGGCUACUGGUAUCUGUGGUUCAGAUAUUCAUUACUACAGAAGCGGUGGUAUUGGCAAGUACAUAUUGAAAGCGCCAAUGGUUUUAGGUCAUGAAUCAAGCGGACAGGUUGUGGAAGUUGGUGAUGCGGUUACGAGGGUGAAAGUUGGUGACCGUGUUGCUAUUGAACCUGGUGUUCCCAGCCGUUAUUCUGACGAGACCAAGGAAGGAAGGUAUAACCUUUGCCCACAUAUGGCAUUUGCUGCAACUCCUCCAAUUGACGGUACUCUUGUGAAGUACUAUCUAUCUCCAGAAGAUUUUCUUGUGAAAUUACCAGAUAGUGUCAGUUAUGAAGAGGGCGCUUGCGUAGAGCCUUUAUCAGUUGGUGUGCACUCUAACAAGUUGGCUGGGGUCUGCUUUGGUACCAGAGUUGUUGUGUUCGGUGCUGGUCCUGUAGGGCUAUUAACUGGCGCAGUCGCCCGCGCAUUUGGAGCCAGUGACGUCAUUUUCGUUGAUGUAUUUGACAACAAGCUACAAAGAGCGAAGGAUUUCGGCGCCACAAAUACUUUCAAUUCUUCCAAGUUUUCUAUUGAUAAAGCUCAGGAAUUGGCCAAUGAAGUCGAAAAGCUUUUGGGCGGAAAUCAUGCAGAUGUAGUGUUUGAGUGUUCAGGCGCCGAUGUUUGCAUUAACGCCGGUGUCAAGGCUACUAAGGUUGGAGGUACCAUGGUGCAAGUCGGUAUGGGUAAAAAUUACGUCAACUUUCCAAUUGCUGAAGUUAGUGGCAAGGAAAUGAAACUGAUUGGAUGUUUCCGUUAUUCGUUCGGUGAUUAUCGCGAUGCGGUGAACUUGGUAUCCACGGGAAAAGUUAAUGUCAAGCCAUUGAUAACCCACAAGUUCAAGUUUGAAGAUGCAGCAAAGGCUUACGAUUACAACAUUUCUCACGGUGGAGAGGUUGUAAAGACUAUUAUCUUCGGUCCUGAAUGA